AUGAAGGCCGUUGCUGUCUUUCUCUUUAUUGUUCUAGCCGCAGCACCAUGGACCAUGGUGCCAACCCAAGGAAUCAGACCAGAUGUGUUUGAAUGUGAUCGGGUUGCCAUGGUUGUUAGAGAGUGCUACACUUACUUGAGAGGCAUUGAUACAAAGCCAUCAAGUUCAUGCUGUAAUGGCGCUAAGAUGAUCGUGAACCUGGCUUUUAAACCAGAGAAGCAGCCUUUGGGGUGCAAGUGUUACAAGGAAGCAUAUUCUUACUUUGACAGCCUCAAGGAAAAUGCCAUGUUGGAGCUUUCCAAGGAGUGUAAUCUGAACGUGGCUCCAUUAAAUGGUGAUCUAUGUAGCAGGUACUAA